CCAAAACCGCAGUCAAAUGUCUGUUAUUGAGCGGAGGGUUCUCGCCAAUUUUAUUUUUAAAAUUUCCCAAUAAUUUAAGUUUUAAGCUCAAACCCUACUCAAAAGUUAUGAAAUAGUGAACACCCGAACCUGUGGCCUUUAUUAUUUUUUUCUUACAACAAUAAAACCAUCACAUGGCACGCGAUGUGCACCUGCAGUGGCACGAUGAAGACCGCUACAGCACAGACAGAGACAGCGACGACAGCCCCAUACUCGGCUACAGGUAUGCUCUGACGCAGUGCGCAGGUCGGUGCCAGCGUCACAUGGCACGCGAUGUGCACCUGCAGUGGCACGAUGAAGACCGCUACAGCACAGACAGAGACAGCGACGACAGCCCCAUACUCGGCUACAGGUAUGCCCUGACGCAGUGCGCCGUUCGGUGCCAGCGUCACAUGGCACGCGAUGUGCACCUGCAGUGGCACGAUGAAGACCGCUACAGCACAGACAGAGACAGCGACGACAGCCCCAUACUCGGCUACAGGUAUGCCCUGACGCAGUGCGCCGUUCGGUGCCAGCGUCACAUGGCACGCGAUGUGCACCUGCAGUGGCACGAUGAAGACCGCUACAGCACAGACAGAGACAGCGACGACAGCCCCAUACUCGGCUACAGGUACGACAAACACCGCCGCUACGAGUACAACAUCCGCGACCUCAAGCCAGAGCGAGAGAGACGAUGGGCGGUGACACUCGCCGCCAAGUGCUCUCUGUUCAGCACGGCCAUGAUACUGUUCUGCGUGCUACUGUACAUCCCCGUGUACAACAGGGCGAACGAUCAGCUUCCCAAAGUCGCAGUAGCGGGAUGGUCGAUUCACACAAACCGUGAUACAAAGAUAUACGUCCAGCCAGACAAUGUGACAACAGUACACGAACCGAAGGACAUCUGCCCCAAGUCCACGAGAAGCAAAACCAACAACCAGUUCCUUUUGAUAGUGGUGUGCUCUUCGACUAGUAACUUCGAGCGGCGCACCGCUAUAAGGGAGACGUGGGGGAAUUACAAAAACUACCUAAAAUCGGGGAAAAUAUUCAACGAAAUCAGGGAGAAAUAUAUUAAGUACAACUACACUUAUGAUCUAUACAAAGAAUCUAUAAACCCAAGGCUCAACGUUAAUUUAAGUGUAAAUAGCAAAUUAGUUAGGAGAAAGCGUGACAUAUCUGUGAUUAGCAAAGUUUUGCCAGAGUUGGCCAAGGCUUUGCAAAAUAAUUUGGCCAAUGGAGAGACUGAUGUACAAGAGAAAAGAUUCGAAGACGAGAAAGAGGAAGUGUUGCCAGAAUUCGAUAUGGAGAAGGAGUUAAAUGAAAACGAUGAUUUGGAUAUGGACUAUGAUUAUCCAUCCAACGUUAUGAAGAUACCCCCAAAAGGUUACGAAGACAAUCCAGAUUUAGACGAAGUUCUGUCAAUGCUGAAAAAGUCUAAGGACUUCCCGAAAGAGGAAAUUAUCGAGGAGGCGGCUGACAACACCGUUGACUUCAAGCUGGUGUUCCUCCUGGGGCUGCCAUCGCAGGAGAACGACACAUCGAUUCAGGAUAAAAUCGAAGAAGAAGUGGAGAAGUACGGGGAUGUUAUCCAGGAGGGGUUCGUUGAUUCGUAUAACAAUCUGACCCUCAAAUCCAUUAUGAUGCUGAAAUGGGUGACCAACAAUUGUAAUGAAAGUGUCCGCUACAUCCUCAAGACCGACGACGAUGUGUAUGUGAACGUGCCCAACUUGGUCCUGAACCUGCAGAACCGCUCCCAGCACCACGACAGCACCAAGGGGCAGGAGAAGGAGUAUCUGCUCAUUGGUGACCUGAUAUGUGGCGCCAGACCCGUGCAAGAUGUCAGCAACAAAUGGUACAGCCCUCGCUAUAUGUAUGGCGGGCGCGUGUACCCGCGCUACCUGUCCGGUACGGGCUACGUGAUAUCGUCCCACACCGCCGCGUCACUGUACGAAGCCGCGCUGCGUACCAGCUACUUCCAUCUGGAGGAUAUUUAUAUCACCGGUAUGUGCGCCGUGCGUGCCAAGCCGCGCAUCGUGCCGCGCGACGAGCCUGGCUUCUCGUACAGCGCGGUGGGCAACAACGCGUGCGCCACGCAUGCGCACCUCACCGCGCACCGCGUGGCGCCCGCGCACAUGCGCACCAUCGCCGCGCGCCUGGCCACACCGCGCACUGUCGACAAAUGCGAACGAAUACGCCUCACGCAGGUGAAAAAAACGCAAAGCCGUAUGUAUAUAAUAUACAAAUACCUGCGGCUACUCGUUUCGAACGAGUGCUGAGUCGAAGCGGCCAGGUAAAGCGCACGACGUGUUCCUAGCGUGCCUCACGUCGUAUUUUGCUUGCGAUUUGAAAUUUUAUUUAGUAAGCGAUAGUAAUAGUCGCUGCUUGGUGCUUCUUGGAGUGUUAUAGUUAACAUUCAUGAGGAAAAAGAACUACACGAAAUCGGAGAAAUGAAAAUUUUAAUCAACAUGAUAUUUGUUGAAUGGUUAUGGACGUUAAGUACGUGGCAGUUAAAUCGCUAUGUCUACUCUCAGUUCAAAAAUAUAUUGUUAAGUUGAAAAUUUCAUACUGAGAAUCUCAGAUUUAACUGCUUAAGACAUGUAAAAAAUUGCAGUCAUGUGCAAUACAUAACUUCGUUUCAUUAAAAAAUGUCGCACAUAAUCAUAGUAUGAUUUUCCACGCUCGUGGAUAAAAUAAUCUUUUCCACACCAAUUCAAAGCUAAAAAAGCUAAAAAAAAUAAAUACGUUGCAAGCUACUGUGGUACAAAAAAUCAUCGUGUAGUUAUUUUUCCUCACGAGUGUAUGCUAGCUUUAAAGACUUGAAAAGUUAAAUUUAAAAAGAAAAUCGCCUUUUUAGUAUUCCUAUAUAGUGCUCAAAAAAUCGAUUUUUAAUUGUAAAUUUUGAAUAACCUUAUCACAUGUUUAAUUUGUUUAUAUAUUAUGAAUUUAUUGGUUUACGUUUUUCGUUUGCAAAAAUAAAGACAAAAUCAUAUUUUAGGUUUCGAAAUUCCAAGAUUUAACUUAAUUUUAAGUUUCAUAUAAAAAAAAAACGUUUUUAUAAUAUUAAUGUAUGUACAUAGUCACUAACAUUUUAUUUUAUAACUACUCGUAUGUAUGUAUAUUUUAAAUGCAUUUACCUGGUUAUGAUAUUGAACGAAUUAAAAUUAAAUAUGCAUUAUUAACGGCUUAAUUUAUCGUAAUUUCUGUCGGUGUUUGUCCGACUAGUCCAACGAACCCGUCCGGGAUUCUUAUAAACGAGCUUGUUCUCGCGACGACUGUAGGUAAACUUCAUUACACAUACAAAGACGUAAAACAGUCAAUCCUGUCGUUAUAAUUAAUACAGAGAAGGAGUGCACAUGUGUUUGUGCAUUCGCUUGUGCACUACAAAUCCUCUUAAAUAUAUAAAAUUGAAAAUAUACAACAUUAUAAUUGUACUGUGAAAGUCUGUAUGUAAAUAAACACUAAAUAUUUUACUACCCGCAGGCUUUGUAAAAUUAUUUUCCUAUUGAAAUUGAAAUUAUUGUGCAAUCAUUUCAUGAGAUUAAAAUCUUAGUGUAUUUAAAAUAAAAUAAAUAGGUAUUAAAAAUUAAAAGAAAUCCUUAUUGGCAGUUAUGGUUUCAGUUAAAUGUUACAUAUUUUUAUUUACACUAUUAUUAAUUUUAUUUAAAUAAAUCCAAUAUUUGCUCCAAAUUCAAAAUUGCAUUCCAAGUUUUACACUAUUUUUAAUUAGACAUUUUUUUGUUUAUUAAUUAAAAUGUAUUUUUUUCAAGAACUACCUACUAGUACUAGCAGACAUCUGCGACUUCGUUCGUAUACAAAUCGAUCUCAACGAAACAAAACCUAUUGCUUCGAGCUAAGCUUAACUUAUCAGCUAAGAUUAAAAUUAGUCUAGACCCGCCAUUUCCCCAGUAAAUUUGUUCUCGUAUUUCGAAAAUGAUACGACAUUACAUUAUAGUGGACGAUGGGUUCAAACAAAUAAAUGAUUUUUUUUGUAAUAAACAACCAGGUAAUCUCCAAGUAAUUUCUUUUUAUAGUAUCUAAUGUUGCAUUGUCUGAGAGUUUGCAUACGUGCCGAGGAUUUUGAGAUUCUUGUGAUUUAAUUAGGAUACUUACCGUAGCAAGGGAUAUAAGUGAACAAAAUGCAAAUUUAUAAUUUAUCUCUGUAAAAACAAUGUCCUUUUACGAUUAAACCGACCUUUUACUAUGAGUAACUUUUGUUAUAUUGUCAAAUGUUGAAUGGUAAUUUUCUUUUGAUCCAUACCUUGUUUAGUGUAGGUUAAUAUAAAAUAACGAAGUUUGUAUGACGUCAGUAGGCGUAAGAUUCGCCCUAAAAGAUAUCUCGUGGGAGAUAAAAGUUAUUGUCGACCAAUAGCGGUGGGUUGAGAAUAUCGCUCUCUUUUUUUUAAUAUUAAAAAUUAAAAUAAAAAUCCCCUGCCCUUUUGUCCCAUUGCAACGACGUACAGAGCUAUAUUUACGUUUCUAAAGUUAUUGGUCGAUAUGUUUUUUUCACUUCACGAGAUUUGCGUUGACGCAUGUUAGGCCUGUAGGUAGCCGCGUACAGUGAAAAUGUUUCAUUAACAUUUCUAAACAAUUUGUUAUUUUAAAAAAUUACUUGCGAAAUUAUUAUUUACCAGUGCGUGUAUUGAAGCGAAGGAUUUCAAGAUGUUUGUGAUUUAAAAUUAGAAUCCUUAGCGAAGCAAGGGAUUUAAAGUGCGAGUAAUAGUAAUACAAAUUCGUACUUCUAUAUUAUUGACCGUAGAUGGUUUUCCACUUAAGAUCAGGUGGAUCAAUAUGGUUGGUUCGUCAAUUAUUAUAUGAACAAGAAUAAUGUUUAUGAAACAUUGUAAAACAUGUGUACGGGCAGCCAUAAUAUAAUUACGAGUAUGUUUACCGGAAACAAAGUUUCCGAAACAUUUGUGUGAUGGGACCUGAUAGAGUGAAAUUACAUAAGUAUGAUAAUUCGGCCAUUUUUAGAGCUAUUUCAACUGUUGUAUAAGUAUAGAUUGUAGAUUAUUCUUCUCGUGUAUGCAGAAAUCUAAAUAAUUUUCAGUUUAAUACAAGACAUCAACGCAAAAUUAAAAAAUAUGAUGAUGAUGAUGAUGUUGAUGGUGAUGAUCAUCUUGAUAUAAAAAAUACUUAAUACAAGUGUUUGUUUAGAAAUCGUUGAGCAGACCGGAUGGUAAUUUUGUUUACAUAUAAAGCAAAACAUGCAAGUUUGCAAGUUGGAUAGGUCGAUUGAAUUAAAUGUUAUUUAGAUUUCUGUGGUACGUCAACGAAAUCAGCCAUUAGCCAUCGAUUGAAUCUUGUUAAAUUCUGUAGAUCUCAAAAAUAACUAAAAAAUCUCAAAUAAUAUUAUUAAAAUAGCUGUUAUAAAAGUCUUAAAUGAUGAUAAAGCCGCGUAUUCAUUUGUGUAGUUACAUUAUUUAGAAAAUAUAACUGAAAAUGUUUGUGUAAAGUUUCAGCUGACUAUGUUUUUUUUUUAAUCAGCACUAUAUGCUCUGUUGUAUCAAUAUGUAGGAGCAUUUAGCAAUAUGCAGAGACUUAGUUACUAGGUUGUGCUAGUAAUAAGUCUCUGCAUAUUGGUGGAAUAUUCUUCUGGUGUUUUUGCUACUUGAGUAUUUUGUGAAGUGGUAGAAUUGCCGGGCUAAAAUACACCUUUACUUAAUUUGUACUGUGUCAUAACUAUAACAAAAAAAUAAUCUUUUUCUUUAACAUUUGUUUUGCAAGAAAAUCAUGUUUCAGAAACAAUAAAGUAUAUUUUAUGUUUGACACUGUAUAUUACAACAUAGUGAAUGCGCGGCUUAAAUCUUUUAAAAAUACAAAUUGUAAUUAAUAUGCAAUAAAAUAUAAACUCUCGUAAACCAUUUCGGAAUAAGUCUAUUAAACAUUACAAAAUAUUAUUUAUAUCUGUAAAAAAUUAUAUAAGUUAAGAAAUAUCAUUAUAAUAUAAGUCAUGAUAGUACAUAUUUACAAAAAAUCUCAAAUAAACGAAAUAAAAAUGUUAAAUAAUAGUACAUUUUAAUAGUUUACGUACCUAAUUCGUUUUGGAAAUUAUGUUUUUGUAAUCAUUUUUAUGUGAAAAUGCUUCAUAUUUUAUCUUUUCAUAUGUUUUUUUUUUAAUAAAAUCAAUGUAGCUUUAUAUUGUAAGUUAUCUUUCAUAAUUAAUUUCAAAUGUACAAUGAUUUAUAUUUUUAAAUUAGAUUUUAAGGUUAUUUUUAACUAAUAACUUUUAGUUUGUACUGAAAUAUUGUAACGAAUUAUGAUUUUAAAAGAACAACAUCUAGCAAGUGAGCUAGAUGUUGUUCUUUUAAAAUCAUAAUUCGCACUUUAGACUUCGUUUAUGACGAGCUUUUGAAGUGUCUUACUGUUAGUAACACUACUUAUGGUUACUUUCGCUUAAGGCCAUAAUUUUAUUCCAUCACUCAAUUUUCAAUGCAAACUAGAAGUUAGGUUAUAACACAAUCUGAUGUUUUUUUUAGACAAUGUAUGUGAAUUAAGAUCUGUUUAAUAAUAAUGAAUAAAAAUCGAUUAAGUUAUAAACUCUGUGGAAAUUUAAUAUUUGAUAUUAUUAUCUGGAUCGUGUGAACCACGCUGUGUGAUAGAUUAUUAUAUUUUCAUGUCUAAAAAGAGUUUUGGGGAAUGUUCACACUUGAUGUACAAUGAACAGCCGAUUGUGAAGCUGGUAUGCAAAUUCAAAUUACGUAUAUUCAUUUUUGUAAGGGCAGUGUCCCAUAAGACGCCAUUUUGAAUAGUAUUGAAUAGCUGUCGACCUUUAGAAGAUAUCCACAUGAUGAAAAAAAAAUAAUGUAAUUUUUGCUUAAACUUCCAGGUUUAGAAAUUGUUACUUUUCAAAAGACGUAAAAAUAUAAAAGCUGUAAGGGUUCCAAAUGCGCCUGUAGAGGCAACAACAAAUCAAGGGGGAGAGGACUUCUUUUCUCACUUGAUGGUAAGUGAUGAUGAAGUCUUAGAUGGUCACGGGCUAACUUGUUAGGAGGAGGAUGAAAAUCCACACUCCUUUCGGUUUCUACACGGCAUCAUACCGGAACGCUAAAUCGCUUGGCGGUACGUCUUUGCCGGUAGGGUGGUAACUAGCCACGGCCGAAGUCUCCCACCAGCCAGACCUGGACCAAUUAAGAUUCUCAAUCGGCCCAGCCGGGGAUCGAACCCAGGACCUCCGUUUUGUAAAUCCACCGCGCAUACCACUGCGCCACGGAGGCCGUCAAACUUAUCGACUUAUCCAUGUAGUUUAAUCUGUGUAGUGGAAAGAAUAAGCGUUGUUUGUAUUUACGUACCCUCUAGAGAUAACAGUAUAAUCGGCGGUUGACAUUACCUCAUGUGUGAACAGUCCCUCAAUGUUGCAAUGUUUAAAAUUUAAAAGUAAUUAUCGAUAUAGCUUUGCCUUAUACGAGAGUCCCUAAACGCAUAGUGUUCCGAAGUUGUGAUGGUUUUUAUGAAUAAAAAGGAAAGAAAUAUA